ACAGGUUCCGUUUUUCCGGGCCCCCGGGAGCUUUCGCUUUCGCUUUCGGUUCCAGCUGGCGUCUGAGCCCCGCGGGAGCCGCCCGCCCAGUCCGCGCCGGCCGCCGCCCGCGUCCCGCCAGCAGCUCUCCGACGGGCAGCGCGCCCCCGCCGCGGCCAUGGCGCAGGCUGGCGUCCUCGGCGAGGUGACCCAGGUGCUGUGCGCGGCCGGGGGCGCCUUGGAGCUGGAGGAGCUGCGGCGCCGCUUGCGGGAGGGCGUCGGCAACGACGCGCUGGAGCGGCUGCUGCGGGACCGCGGCCGCUUCGCGGUGGCAGCGAGGGCGGGCGGCGCGGCGGCCUCCGCGCAGCGCGUCGUGGUGGCCGUCUCGGCGCUGCGCCUGUGCCGCGCGUACCAGAGCCCCAAGCCGGGCUGCGUGGGGCUGUGCGCUCAGCUGCACCUCUGCAAGUUCUUGGUCUACGGGGCCUGCAAGUUCAUGAGGGCCGGGAAGAACUGUAGAAACAGUCACAGCUUGACGACAGAUCACAACCUGAGUGUGCUGAGAACUCACGGUGUUGACCACCUCAGCUACAGUGAGCUCUGCCAGCUUUUGUUUCAGAAUGACCCCUGGCUUUUGCCAGAGAUCUGCCUUCAUUACAACAAAGGAGAUGGACCCUACGGCUCUUGUUCCUUUCAAAAGCAGUGUAUCAAACUCCAUAUCUGCCAGUAUUUUUUACAGGGUGAAUGCAAGUUUGGCACUGGCUGUAAGAGAUCUCAUGAUAUCUCUAAUUCUGAGAAUCUGGAGAAACUGGAGAAGUUGGGCAUGAACUCCAAUCUGGUGAACAGGCUGCCUUCCAUAUACAGAAAUGCUCACGACAUCAAGAAUAGGAGCUCCACCUCCAGCAGAGGGCACCCUCCUCCUCCAGGCCCACAGGCCACUUCUGAAAGAAGAGAUAGUUCAGGUUGUGUAUCCCCAAACAGUGCUAACCAGGAGGAGAAUGAUCAGAUCUGCUUGUACCACAUCCGGAAAAGUUGUAGCUUUCAAGAUAAGUGCAAUAAAGUUCAUUUCCAUUUGCCAUAUCGAUGGCAGUUCUUGGACAGAGGCAAAUGGAAGGAUUUGGACAAAAUGGAGCUUAUUGAAGAGGCAUAUAGCAAUCCCAGAAAAGACAGGAUCCUCUGUGCUGAGUCAGCCAGCAACUUUCACUUUGACUGUCUAGACUUUGACUCCAUGAUGUUUGGUGCUGCCCCAGCCCGCCGCCUCUCCACAGCCUCCUCGGUUACUAAACCUCCACACUUCAUCCUCACCACUGACUGGGUUUGGUACUGGACUGAUGAGUUUGGUUCUUGGCAGGAGUAUGGAAGACAAGGCAUGGAGCACCCCGUGACCACCGUCUGCAGCAGCGAUUUGGAGAAGGCCUACCUGGCAUACUGUGCACCUGGGUCUGAUGCCCAGACAGCCAUUCUGAAGUUCCAGGCUGGAAAGCACAAAUACGAGUUAGAUUUCAAAGCCUUUGUUCAGAAAAACCUGGUCUAUGGCACGGUCAGAAGGGUUUGCCGGAGACCCAAAUACGUGUCUCCCCAGGAGGUGAAGGUGAAGCAAACCUGCAGUGUCAAGUUUCAAGGCCCGAAGAGCAUCCCAGACCAUUGGGACCCCUCGGCCCUGCCAGACCCUGGCUUCAAGAAGAUUGCCCUCAGUUCUGCAUCGGAUGAAUAUCAGAAGGUCUGGAACCUCUUUAACCGCACGCUGCCUUUCUACUUUGUUCAGAAGAUCGAGCGAGUCCAAAAUCUGGCCCUCUGGGAAGUCUACCAGUGGCAAAAAGGGCAGAUGCAGAAGAGAAACGGAGGGAAGGUGGUAGAUGAGAGGCAGCUGUUCCAUGGCACCAGUGCCAGUUUCGUUGAUGCCAUCUGCCAGCAGAACUUUGACUGGAGGGUCUGUGGUCUUCAUGGUACUUCUUACGGCAAAGGGAGCUACUUUGCCCGCGACGCCGCAUAUUCCCACCAUUACAGCAAAUCUGACACCAAGUCCCACACGAUGUUCCUGGCCCGGGUGCUGGUCGGGGAGUUCGUCCGAGGCAGCGCCUCCUUCGUCCGCCCCCCGGCCAAGGAAGGCCACGGCAACGUCUUCUAUGACAGCUGCGUGAACAGCAUGUCCGAUCCCUCCAUCUUCGUGAUCUUCGAGAAGCACCAGAUCUACCCUGAGUACAUCAUCCAGUACGCCAGCUCCACGAAGCCCGUGGCGGGGGUCUCCACCCUCUUCUCCUUAGCGUCUUUCUUUGGCGGCCGGCAGUGAGCGUGCGGUGAUGCUUUUAGUGCCUUUCAGGCUUCUUGUCCUUGGAGUAGCUAUUUGGGAAAGUUUUCUUCUUUUUUUCUUUUAACAGAAAACUUUUUAAUGAACUGUUCAUUUAGCAUUGACUUCCUGAUGAAGUUACAUUCUUAAUCUCUCACUGAUGAUAGUUUUUAGUUUUAAGCCACUUUUGGGCUCAUUAGUAAACUAACCAGAAGUGACUGUAGGUGGGCCUAUUAUUACUUUUUAGUAGUGUGUUAAAAUUUUAUUAUUUACACUCUUUGUUGACUUGGCAGCUGAUGGGCACCAGGCACAGAGUUUCUAGAUACUAUUUUAUGGAUUGAUUUUAGAUUUAAGUUGCUUUCUCUGCAGUGAGUGGUUUGGUUUUUCAGGGUCUCAGUGGCAUCUCAUUUAAUUUUUUGUCAGAAUGACACAGUAGUCAUCGGUACAGGCGGCAGUCACUGUGUCUGUGGCUCUGGCUCUGAUCCAGGCAGCUCUUCUCCUGGGCUUCUGGCCUUGGAAUGGCCCGUAUAUCACAGGGUUAGAGCAAGUGGCUACUGUGUGGUGUCACCGCAGUCCUGUCAGUUGCCCUGUGUCCUGGCAGGGUCAGCAUCCCUCAGAGGAAGCGCUUUAAUCCUGGCAGGUGACAUGGUCCCCCCAAGGGCCCCAGGCUCUGCCCACCAACACCCGUUGCCGCAUCUCCUGAGUACACUGGACACCCUCCAGAUGUGGGUUUUAUGUUCCUGUGAGAUUGGAAUACCUGUGCUGCAAAUGUCACAACAGAGUAUGGAAAUAAAAAAUAUUUAUCUGAGGUGGGCAACAAGCAAAGCUCAUUCUUCAGCGUCUGUUAUCGAGCACCUGCUGGAUACAGGCACUAUUCUGGGUGUCUGGAUAUAACGGAGCCUCCAUUACUGGCCUCGGGGGCUGUGUGUGGACUUACCCAUGGGGCUGAUGAACUUGAGGGUUCAGGGCCCCUCACUUGCUGGGGCUGUCUCCACAACCGUUGCAGGGGUGGGUCCUAACUAUGUGGCCACAUGGUCAUACAUCUCAGUUAAAUGCGUAAAAAUUACAUAUUUGGAUUUUUUUCCUUCUCCAACCCCUAUAAAUCCCAAGUUCCACAAAACCCAGAUUGGCUACUGAGUAGUGUGUGUUGUAGAUAUGUGUGUGUGUGUGUGUGUGUGUGUGUGGUGGGGUGCAUUCUGUGAGUGUCGUCCACACACAGCAGGUUAUGGGAGUCUCUACCGGGUGCUGGCUGGCUCUGCUCUGGGGGAGGAGGGGCUGACAGGGUGGCUCCGUGUUAUGAAGUGGCUGUACCUGUUGGUCUCUGGGUUUAGUCCUCAGCAGUGGGCGUCUCACCUCCCCUACACCUUUCCUACCCAUCCCCCCACCUUCCUAGUACAGUGUGUCCACCCCAUGUGAUGUCUUCACUUCUGCUUUGUCCUCACAUUCUCAGUUUAGUUCUUUCCCUCUUUGGAGCGGGGUUAGGGAGUGCUCUGGAACUUUACACAGGUCAGCCAGUCAAGACCAGUCAUAACUGAAUUUUAUGACCGGGGGAAUGAAACAACAGUACUAUCUUACCCACCCGCAGGGCUGGUCACCUGGUUGUACAUGGUGUGAUUUUCAGAGCCCCCAGAAUAUUUCCCCCAUGUCCUGACUAAUCGUAAGUUUUAUUCAUUGCUUUUUGAUUAAGUCAUGGUCCUACUAUAGCAGGUGUGUGUUGGGGGGGUGCAGAGUGGUGUCAGGGAGAACCAUUAAAUCAGGUGCUUGCCUGCUACGUCUUAAAUAGAAGUGAUUCCAUGCUCAUUAACCACGUGGCUGCUGGGAGCUUAGUAGUGGGUGGCAUGGAUGGUCUGGGAGUGUGGGUGGGAAGAAUGGCUGGAGAACGGUAGGAGGUGAUCACACGCUCCAGAAUUGGCAAGUGAGCUACGAAGACUCAUCAAAUCCAGAGGCCCUGGAUUUGCUCAUCUUUGAGAAAGCAAGCCAGGAAGAACACCUACUUGUAGGAUCAGAAAUUUGAGAGAAGGAUGGGGUCCAUCUUGCCAGAUUGUUGGGAUGGGGUGGGCACUGUGAUGGGAAGAUGUCAAAAUGACGGUAAUUCUCUUAGUGUAAAAACGUGGUGGGACCCAGGGUGUGUGUGUGUGACUGACAGGUCAUGAGGACACGGUUGGGAUACAGCUAAAGGGUUUUGUGGAAGACCCAGGCAGUGCCAUCUCCUGCCCCGUUAGCUAGUGUUGUGUGUGUAUGGUGGGAUUUCAGGAGAGCUAGGGAUUGUGGGUUGAAACCAUGGAAGAGCCGAGUCUAGCAAUUCUAGAACAUUAAGAAGCUUCCCUGUUUUUUUUUCCCCCUGCUGUUUCUAAACAUGGUGAGCACCUGGACAGAACAGGUGAGGGAAGCCAAUGGAGCUGAUGGGCUCCGGUACCAGGCAUAGGCUGUGCCCUUAGGAGGAAGCCACAUGCUCAGCUGGGCCCUUCUGCAGGAUUGAGGUUACUUGAUGGCCAUAGGGGGUCAGAGAUUGGGAGACGGGCAGGGCAGUCUGGGAAGACAGGUUAGAUCCCCAGGAAUGGGAAUGUGUGGCUUUCUCCAGUGGGUCUGAGCCUCAGGGCCAGACGUGUCAGAGAGGCUUGAUCCCUGAGAGGAGCAGUGGUGGCAAGCAAGGUUGCAGAAAGGGCUGUGUGAUGGGCUGGCCAGGCAGCACCCAGGGCUGGGACAGUGGUGGGUGACGAAGCUGCCUUCCUAUCUCUGGGGAGGCCAGAAAGUGAGAAGAGGGCUCUCUAGGGAAGGACUUUGGGGGAAAGCUUGGGGUCCUUUUGGCUGGAACAGGAGAAGACCAAACGGCAGAGGCAGGAUCCACAGCCAUGGAUCCGUGAACACCUGUUGUGCCAGCUCUCCUGAAACAGCGUAAAGGUGGUCAGCCUCUGGGUAUCCAGGCUUACAGAUUCCCGCUCAGAAUGUUAUCUAUGGGGCAUUUAGCCCCUUCGUGCUGCGCACAUGUUACAUAGAGGAGGGAGCUUUGAUCUAGGACAGCUCCCUUGUUUUACAGAUGAAGACAAUGAGGCACAGGAGGAUGUGGAAAGACCAGCAGUCAUGACCACACACAGCUGGUGGCAGAUGUGGGAUUCACCCUGCAAGCUCUCUGUUGAAUUUUAACUUCUCAGCAACACGACAGUUUUAAUAAAUUCACCUCAGUAUUUGAUUCUUUGAUCAAAAUGAAGAGAAGUUACGAUGCCUUUAGUGCAUUUUAGGCUCUAUCACUCUUCUGUGCAUUAAAACAUUAUAAAGUUAGUAUUAGCUUACCUAGGAAAAUCAAAGCAAAAGAAAGCUUUUGAGCCACUUGUCGGAGUUAAGCUUCCGAUAAAUAUAGUUUUUUAAGUUAGACACCAUAAUGUACCGGAAGUUGGAAAGGCCCACGAGGUGGUGCUGUUAGGGCAGCUCACCGGAGUGUCCCCGUGUCCUCUGCCCUGUAGAUUCCUUCCAUCCUGAGGCUAGGACUUCCUUCAAAACCCUGAGUUCUCAGUCACGUUGACAAAACUACAUUUUUGCCUAUUUAUCAGCAAUCUCUUAUUGAGAGGUGGGUCAGCGGUUCCUACACCAUCAGCAAAGUUAAAACUAAGUGCAAGAAACAUUUAUUAAAUGUUCAGGAACAUUUGGGAAAAGUUAUGUAAAGACCUCUUUUAUACUUGCAUGGUGGGCACCCUUUCAGUUGCUUCAGUGAUGUUUUCCCCGAAAUCUGAAUUUCCACAUCAAGGUUUCCUUUGCAUUUGGGGGGUGUCCUCAUAAAACUGUCAGCGAGAGACAAUCUUGAUGUAGACACCAUUCUUCGGACCUAGGGCAGAUUUGGAUUCUAGCUGCAGUGGUACCUAAAAUAGCGGAGAUUAAGAUACUUGUUAUAGCUAACCACAUCUAUAGGAAAGCUUUUUGGAACUGGGCCUGAAGUGGGGUUGUGGAAAUUUGAGAGAUAGCAGGGCUGAGGGAGCAGAGCAGCCUCCCCAGCACGGCCUUGAGAGGCCAGCAAAGCUGCCGCUCAGGGAGGCUGGGCGCUGGGGCCCCACCAGCACAUGGGUGCUCGGCCCUUUUGUCCAUGUUAAAAAAAUACUGUAAGUAAGGAGGGUACUCAGUCCCACAUUUAUCCUCCCAAGAAGCCUGUGUAAGAGGUACUGGUGGCUCACUUUGCAAAUGAAGAAAUGGAAGUUCAAAGAGGCCAAGUGACAUGUCUAAGGUCACGUGCCUGGAAAGUGAAGAGCAAAGUCUCAAACUGUCCCCUCUCCUACUAUUCUCUCUCCCUGGUGCCCUGCCAGUAGCCAAGCAGCAUCCCCUCUUUUCAAGUGGCUUUGGGAGAGUGGCUUCAUACUGUUCCCUUCUCAUGAGUGCUGUGGUCUAGCCUCACUGCCAUUCAGAAAGCUUUCCUUAUGUCCAGCUUACAAGGAGAUGGGUGGUGGACUGGGGACUUGGAAUAAAAGCCCAAGAAUUACUCAAGAAGCAGGGUGUCCCCCUGAGCCCCGUGUAAAAUGAUGG